GCCCGCCUGCUUCCGGUCGCGUAGGUACCGUACCGCCGCUGUCUUCCUCCCGCCUCCCGUCACAGGCGGACAGCUCUUCCUGUUUGGGAUGCAAUGGCGUAACGUACCCAGAACUUGCUCUUUUUUAAUGCACAUUCAGAGCGCCAUUUUGCCGAGAACCGUUAACUCCAUCGAUCGAAAAGCUUGUGCAGGCGCUCAGAUUCGUGUCGCAUCCUCGAAGACUUCAGUGGAGCGAGGCUACAGUACCACCGCGUCUGGGCUAUUGGCACCUAGCAUGGCAAGUGACAAUGAGGGCGACUUUUUCUAUUACUUUGCUUACGGAAGCAACCUGCUCAAGGAGAGACUUCUGAUGGCGAACCCGUCUGCGAGAUUUCACUGCCGAGGAAGAUUAAAGGGUUACAGUCUGAAGUUUGGAAAUUUUCAAGGCAUCACUAGCAAAACAUGGCAUGGAGGCUUUGCUACAAUUAGAGAAGCGCCGGGAGAUGAAGUGUGGGGCGUUGUUUGGAAAAUGAGCACCAGUGAUCUACAGUCACUAGACCGUCAGGAAUGCAGUUAUUCACCACUUCUUGCCAACGUGGAAACUGAAAAUGGUGAACUCCCUUGUCGCACUUACCAGAUGAACAACUAUGUUGACAAAUGUCCUUCUCCUCAAUAUAAAUACGUCAUCGUUUUAGGAGCCAAACAGAAUGGCCUUCCUGAGUUUUAUAUAAAAAGACUCGAAGCAAUUGAAGUAAAUGACAACAAAGAGCCCACGAUACUAGAAGACAUACCCAUCGGGGUUUGUUAGCAAUUAAGAUGGUAGUCCUGUACCUUCUGAUGCCUUGGGUAUCCUGGGUGCUUUAGUGAUCAUAGUUAAGGAGUUGGCAUUGAGUAGUCGAAUUUUUUCAGUUAGAAAAUUGAUUGUCUUAAAGAUUGCAGAACAGCAUAUUUCUAUUCAUAUUCACAGUAGGUUUACUCCAAAUCAGAUUUCACAGUCACGGUCACGCCAGUGGGACACUCAGUCCUGGCCAGAGUUUCACAGCACUUCCUAACAGCUACAACAUUUAUUUCUAUAGCACGUUGUCAUACAAAGAAUGCAGCUCAAAGUGUUUCACAAGCUAUAAAAAAUAAGAAUAUGAAUGAAGAAACAGCAUACCAUGCAAGUCAUAGAUCAAGUCCUUAUUUAUAGAUUUGUUUUCAAGCCUCUAAUGGUUGUCCUCUAGUAGGUUUAGAGGGCCAGGGAGGACAGAAAAAUGUUUAAAAAAAUUAAUAAUAAUAAUAAUCAAGGGGUGCAAUGCUAGAGAGAAUCUGCAGGGGUGCAAAGGCCCCCACUAAUGCCUGUCAGAAGUCAGGUUGUAACGAGGAGGACACUCGACGUCUGACCGCGCACUGGCCUGUCCAGUCCUCGCAUCCCUGAGCAGGACACUUGCCUGGGCCCCCACUGUAAAGCCGUCUAAUAUUAAUAAUAACUGAUAUAUGCUCUGUAUCUGGACUUUUUGUCCAAGUCUCUUAGAGUAAAUGAGUUGGCCACAUCCAUUUUAAUGAUAAUAGACUACACCCCAGAUGGGAGUCCAUGUUUAUCCUGGAGGAUUUAACUUCCUCUGGUGGUCCAAAGACUAGAAACUCAUCCUUGUAAGGCUCUGUGCACGUAACCCGAUGAUGAUGAUGAUGAUGAUGAUGUGACUUCCCAGCCUGAGCUGGCUCCUCUCUUGCCUCCUGAUGCUGAAUGCCGAUGGAGGUGUAAUAUUAUGUAUGCGCCCUCCACAGACACUCACAGAUGUCAACUUGGCAGCUGCAGGAUGCACAGCAGAUCGUGACCAUUCAUCUUUAGAGUGUAAUGCACAAGUAGACUGCACAGCUCAAGCUGAACAAGUACAUGCCCUUCUUAUUAUUUAAUCAGAUUAAAUAGGUGGAUAGAUUAGUCUGGUCUGAGAAAUGAGGAUACUGAAUACAGAAGUUAAUAAUAAACACACAAAGUGAA